GUUGUUUAGCGUGUUAGCUUAAUGUGCGGUUAGCGAGCUAACUGUUACUGGCUUGUCUUUUAGCCCUUAGCUUGUCACCUAACGCGUUUAUGCAAAAAAUUACACCAAUCGAUAAAUGUAUACCCGUGUGACGGUUAACUCUUAACAUACAAUUUUCGCAGAAAGUGACUUUUUAGUCGAGCCGGUCGCUUAGUGUAACUGGCAACCCUGGUAGCCGUUUAAGCUAACUCGGCUAGUUGGGCUAACGGGUGGUUAGUGGUUUUCAUUUUUAAAGAUGUCGUUCGUCAAAACGAACAAGAGCGUUUUAAGCUUGCUCUUUAUAUAUGACUUCAUUGCAUCCGAAAUAGGACAUGUUUAAUCUAACAUAAUGGCCUCACUCUGUUACACAGGUGCAAGCGCUAACAAUGCUAGCUAAACCUCGAGUCCACUGCUCUCGGAGGAUUUGUUUGCCUAUUUGUUUUAAAUUACACAAAUGCGGAAUUGAUAACUCAAAAAGCACGUUUAAUAUGUCACUAUCAAAAUAAAGGAAAAGCUUGGCAUGCACUUUCCUCGCAGUGCACUGUCAACAGCUACCGUUGCUACUUAGCCAGUAAAUGUGAAAUGGGGCAAAGAAAAGUUUGACGCCGUGGAGCUGAACACCGAGGAGCCGCCCAUGGUGUUCAAGGCUCAACUUUUUGCCCUGACAGGAGUGCAGCCCGACAGGCAAAAAGUGAUGGUGAAGGGAGGCACCCUCAAGGAUGAUGAGUGGGGGAAUAUAAAGCUGAAAAAUGGAAUGACUCUGCUGAUGAUGGGAUCAGCCGAAGCUCUGCCCGAGGAGCCUGCUGUUAGGCCUAUGUUUGUAGAAGACAUGACUGAAGAGCAGCUGGCCUCAGCCAUGGAGCUUCCUUGUGGGCUAACCAAUCUGGGCAACACGUGCUACAUGAACGCCACGGUGCAGUGUCUGCGCUCCGUACCCGAGCUCAAGACUGCUCUCAGAAAGUAUUCAGGUGCUCUGCGAUCCUCAGGCGCCAGUGCACCAUCACAAUACAUCACAGCAGCUCUGCGUGAUUUAUAUGAGACAAUGGACAAGACCUCCUCCAGCCUGCCCCCAAUCAUCCUGCUGCAGUUCCUCCACAUGGCCUUUCCACAGUUCGCCGAGAAGGGAGAACAGGGACAGUACCUCCAACAGGAUGCUAAUGAAUGCUGGCUGCAGAUGAUGAGAGUUCUUCAGCAGAAGCUGGAGCCACUAGAAGCAGAGACUCCCAUGGAGACCGACACUGACAGCGCCUCCGCCUCCGCCAAGAAGAACUUCAUCGACCAGUACUUUGGAGUAGAAUUUGAAACAACUAUGAAAUGCACAGAGUCGGACGAGGAGGAGCCAAUCAAAGGCAAAGAGAGUCAACUUCAGCUCAGCUGCUUCAUCAAUCAAGAAGUCAAGUAUCUCGCCACGGGACUGAGGCUGAGACUCCAGGAAGAAAUCACCAAAAUGUCCACAAGCUUGGAAAGAAAUGCUCUUUAUAUCAAAUCUUCUAAGCUGAGCCGCCUCCCGGCCUACCUGACCGUGCAGAUGGUUCGUUUUUACUACAAAGAGAAAGAGUCGGUCAACGCCAAAGUCCUCAAGGAUGUCAAAUUCCCCCUCAUGCUGGACGUGUACGAGCUCUGCACGGCCGAACUGCAGGAGAACAUGCUGCCCCUCAGGUCAAAGUUCAAAGAGGUGGAGGACAAGAAGCUGGAGAAGCAGCAGCAGAAGCCAACAAAGAAAGCAGGUGCAGUCCAGGAAGUGAAAUACCAACCUUUCUCCUUCCCUGAUGAUGUCGGUUCCAACAACAGCGGUUACUACGACCUUCAGGCCGUGUUGACACAUCAAGGUCGCUCCAGCUCAUCAGGCCACUAUGUGGGCUGGGUCAAGAGGAAAGAAGACGAGUGGGUGAAGUUUGAUGACGACAAGGUGAGCGUAGUUUCUCCAGAGGACAUCCUGAGACUGUCUGGCGGCGGCGACUGGCACAUAGCGUAUGUUCUACUCUAUGGCCCGCGACGACUGGAAAUACUGGAGGAGCAACAAUAGCGUCCUGUCUGGCUGGUGAGGAGGGGGAACGACACAAAUUGUCACUGUCUGCUUUACAUGUCACCUCAACUUCCUGUAAACAACUCAAACCUUGGUGAGCUUCAAAACAUGGACUGGAUCCAAGAAGCUGCAAAUGUUUUCUACGCUGUCUAUUUUUAAAGCCUUUCACCAGGUGCUCGCCAUCCAUAGCUACGCCUUUUGCUCAUGUCCUCUCCUGCUCUUUUCUGCCAAAUACAAGCAGCAGUCAGCUGUGAAGCUUGCAAGUCUUACUGUGUAAAAAAAAAAAAUAUUGGUUCACUUUGUCUAAGCAGCAAUUUUCACUCAUCUCCACUCUGUAAGUUAUUGACUGAUGGCUUUUCAUAAGUGCUGAAAAUAAAGAGUAUGCCACUGUGUAGCAAAACUUUCU